AUGCUUCGCAGUCUGCUGUCCCUCGGAGCUGCUCUGCUCCCAAUUGUCUCUGCCGACUUCGUCGGGACCGGUUCAACGAAUGCCACCACUCCUGGUCCAGAUGAAAAUGGCAAGUACUGGAUCUACGGCGAGGGCAUCAAGGCCGCAUUUAUUCCCUAUGGCGCUUCCAUUUCGAACCUGUUGAUCAAUGACCAGUAUGGUAUCGAGCGCGAUAUCGUAGCUGGUUUCGACAAUGCAUCGUAUUAUGAGGUCGACAGGCAACACCCUCACUUUGGUGGUGUUCCGGGCCGCUAUGCGAACCGGAUUAAGAACAGUUCCUUUGAGCUGGACGGUGUCACCUAUAAUAUCCUGCCAAAUGAAAAUCCCACAGAAGCCAAUCCUGAUGGAGUAGAUACGCUCCACGGUGGCCCAGAUGGCUGGGACUGGCGAAACUUCACGGUUGUGUCCUAUUCCAACGACAGCAUCACCUUCUCCAUUGUGGACCCGGAUGGCGAUCAGGGCUUCCCUGGCGAGGUUGUCUCUUACAUCACUUAUACCCUCGGCAACCUGACAUGGGACUUUAAGAUGGUUGCCAUUGCCACGACAAAAAAGACCCCCAUCAUGCUGAGUAGCCACACCUACUGGAAUCUAGACGGAUUUGCGAACAAUGAUACUCAGACCGUCUUCAACCACUCCUUCUAUAUGCCAUACAGUGGCCAACGAGUCGGUGUCGAUAAUAUCCUUAUCCCGACUGGCGACAUUCUUGCCAAUGCUCCAGGCUCAGUCAAUGAUUUCUGGAGCGCACCCAAGCAAAUCGGAGCCAACAUCUCCAGCCCGGAACUCGAGGGCAACUGCGGUUUCAACUGCACUGGUUACGACACCUGCUGGCUCGUAAACCGGGACCAGAGCGGCCCUUAUGACUGGCGCACCGAUGGCUUCGUUGCCCGCCUGCAAUCUGCUUGGUCGGGUAUUCAAUUGGAUGUCUACUCUGACCAGGAUGCGUUCCAGAUGUAUAGCUGCAACGGCCAGAACGGCAGUAUGGCACUGAAGAGCACGCAAGGCAUCUUUGAUGACGAGGACUUUCCUCGCACAAUUCCAAAGUACGGUUGUGUCGUGCUCGAGGUGGAGGACUACAUUGAUGCGAUCAAUCAGCCCGAGUGGCAGCGCAGCAAGAAGCAGAUCUUCGGACCUGGUGACGACCCGUAUGUUCUGCAGGCGAGCUAUCGCUUCAGCAUCAAUUCCACGGAGACACCUCAGUAG